AGAACAGAAAAUUCAAACACAAAUUAGCAUACAAUUCGAACGGAUGUUUAUCUAAAGUUACAACUUUUAUUCAGAUACUUAAAUACUUAAUUUACAAGCCACAAUGCCCGUUAACGUGGAACUUACGUUGGAAGAGAUGACUAGAAUUGCUUUGGGUGUGCCCGAGUUGACCCACGUAAAUGUGGCAGUAUUACACAGUCUGUUGAAUGUCUUGCUCAAGAAACUCAACUGCCAGAAUGACAUGGUGAGCAUUCGUGGCUUCGAGGGCAAGUGCAUGGAGCGAAUCCUCGAGCAAUCCAAGAUCUCACCCCUUCCCUUUGAUGUGGAGGCAAUUGUGCCCAUUUCCGAGCAACUGGACAAAGUCCAGGAGCUGGAGCAACGCAUCAAGCAGCUGGAAACCAAACUGGAGUGCCAUUUCCAGCAGAUCCGUAUUUGCAACAGGGUCAAGGACAAAAAAUUCAAGAUCCAGCAGGCCGAACAGUAUGCCUCGCCCUGCGAGGAUCUUUGCACCGUCUGCGAUGAGGACAACAAGAUCGCCUGCAGUCUGCUGGGUAACAUGGAUUUCAUGAAAAAGCUAAUGCGGCGCAUAGCCACCCCGAUUCUGGACCAAAUGGAGGAGGUCAGCAAGAAGCUGGAGAAAUUCUACAUCACACUGCAGGCUUUCCUCAAGCAAACCGAAGCUCUGUUCAAGCGCUUGGAACUGGUCAAGCAAUGUGUGGUGGAGAUCGAGAACCUACGAGCUCUUGUCCAGGAGUACAACCUAACCUUCAUUGGAACCAUGGAGGAACUGCAGGACAUGCUGGAUAGUAAACUGGACAAGGUGCAUAUGCCGGCCCUGAAGAAAUACAUUCGAGAUCGCUUCGAUGACAUUGAUCGGCGAUUGAGAUUGAUUGAGGACAAGGACGCCUGUCCAAGAGCUGCUGGAUUUAUCAAUACGGAUAUUUGCUGCCUGUCCUGUAAUAAUACCAAGGUCGGUGUCGAUGUGGGUCCCCAGAUCAUGGGCGUUUUCCCUGAUGCCCCGGUUAGGAAUAUGCCCCAGUUGGCGGGUCAGCCUCAGAAUUGCCAGAAGACCGUGGUCUGCCGAGCCGUGGAAAAGGAACCCACCCUAAUGGUUCGGGUAAAGAAUCUCGAUCUCAAGGUCAUCGCCCAUCGACUCAAUCGUCCUGCUUCGAGCAAAGUCUGCAAACUACCCGAAGCCAACGAUGCCAUCUAUGGCGUUCGCAAUUCCUGUCUUUCUGGUUUUUAACAACCGCUAGUCCCGAUCCAAAUCGAUUCGUUUAGGCAAUAAAGCAUAUAUGCGGCCCCCCUCAAGGCUGUUUCCGUUAAGCCGCAUAAAAAGUGCACUAAUUUAG